UAAGGCGGGUUGGCGGUGUACUCAGUAGACCAUUUGCAGUGGGUUACGUGAGUGCCUGUGUUCGCGUGUAAAUUUAUAUUCCAAGCUUCGUUUGCUGGAAUGUUAUUGAGUGAUUCUUUGACAUCGUGCUGUGAUACAAUUUCUUUACCAAUGGAUAACCGAAGCUGCCUUAGAAGGAUUGGACGCCACGAAGACGCUCCAUUUUCCAAUCAGAGCAUAAUGAACGUGAUAGAAAAAUUUGUUAAAGCCGUGGGAGAAAUGGAAGAGACGAUCUUAGUUCCCUGCAGACUAAUGGAUCUGAAAGUUGGUGAUGCUGGAGAUACUGUGGAAGUAGACACCAAAAAACAUCAAAAGGGCAAGAGGAGCAUCCGCGAUAUGGCGAACACCGAUCUUUACAAUCUGUACACUACAGUUAAUUCAGUAAAGAGAGAAUUACUGUGGGGGCAAAGCGAAGAUGUGCCGGACCAGGGGAUGAUCACUGUGCCGUCAUCAACAUCAGUGUCAUCAGCUACUAAGGGGCACGCACGGAGACCAUCUACAGCUUCUAUGACUUCUACAAAUUCCUCAAAUUCUAUAUCUGAUACAGACUCGGAAAAUGGAAACGAAAACGAUUCCGGGAUUGAAGAUUCGCAAGCAGCAGACGUCUCCCAAGAAGUCGCCGCAAACUUCCGCCGACAUUUGCACGGCUUAUAUCGUUCCCUCGAGCAGAUGACAGAAGCUGCUAACUACCUUACAACUCGUUACCAGAAUGACGUCGGUGGUGCCGUGUGAUACUUCUUGCUGGCUGAAGCCAUUAAACCAAAGUCCUUAUACCAUCAGGUUCACUUCCAUUCAGAGAAAAGCCGUGGUAUUAAAAUUAUUCUCAUGUGAUAAGACUUAUCGCUUUCUGCAUAUCCAAUGUCAUGUUCAGUGCACAAAGUUUGCUCAGUGCAAUGAUUGGAAUACUUGACACAGGUAUUCGGAAGUAUUGUACACAGACUGUAUGAGAGAAUGUACGAUUGUAAGUAACCAAACUGCAGAUGGUGUACGAAAGUAUUUGCUGGAUUUUUUUCCCAGCUAAUUGUAUAAUGAAUGAAUGAAUGGAUGGAUGUGGGCGUUUAUGUGACGGAUGUGCUGUGUUUUGCAAAUGUACUGUGAGCAAUGACGGGUUUAGGAAAUUCCAAAUUUUUAGUUCUAUCAAAUAUAAGUUUAAACAUAAACUACUUCUGUUCCUUUCCUGCAGUCUUGCUCGUGCUUUCCAAACAAAUGUACAAAGCAAUUUUUCAGGGAAAAGUUAGAUGCAGGGCAUCUGCGUAAUACAUAGUGAUCUUGUAACAGCAUAUUCUUCCUUCUGUCAAAAGCUACUUUUCAUAAAUGCUUCAGCUGCAGUCCUCAAAAUUAUCAUUAAUGUGCCAUAUGUUCACGGAUAUCUACUUAAUAUCAUGUUUUCAUGGUCGUGUAAUUUAUUCUGAAAUAACUGCAGUGAUCGGGAAAACAAUGUACUUCCAGUUGGUCUGGAUACUCAUUAGCAUACUUUCAUUUUUAAAAUUCAAAGAAAAAAAUGGAACAUUGCCUUAUGUCAUAACUGCUCAUGUCUAGUGCCUAAAAUCUGGUGCAACAAAUCUCAAGUUUUUAUGGUUACAAACUCGAUUUGCUUCUAUUUAUUUUUUGCUGUCUUGUUCUCGUUAAGAACAAUUCGUUAAAAAUGUUCUUGAGUGUUGUACAUAUUUUUGUUUGUUCUCCUCGUGUUCAUUGUACAAGAACUGCACAAUGCAUUUCAAAGAGAUUUAUUUGUCUAAUAAAUUUCUAUAUAAUAUGUAAAAGAUAAAA